AUGCCGGCCUACAACUCCGUCUUCAACGACGACCCGAAUCCUCCACGCCUCAUCGGAAACUUCCCCCUCCUCCCCCUCCGGACAAAGACGCGCGGCCCGGCCUACACCCUGCCGUUCCCCUCGCCGCCGCUACCGCUCAACGACUCCCCCGACCCAGACAGCGAGAGCUACGACAUUCUCGACGAGGUUCUUGCCCUCUUCCGCGCCAACACCUUUUUCCGCAACUUCGAGAUCCAGGGCCCCGCCGACCGCCUCCUCGUCUACGGCAUCUGGUUCCUUAGUGACUGCCUGCAAAAGAUCAAACCUCACGCUACCGCCCGCGACGCCCAAAAGGAUGUCACGAACCUCGCCCUCGACCUCAACUUUGCCAUUCCCGGCGACCCCGGCUUCCCCUUGAACCAGAUGUACGAGCCGGCCCGGGACCGGCAGGAUGCGGAGCAAUUGAGGCAAUACAUGGCGCAAGUCCGCCAAGAGCUCGCGACCCGUCUACUAGCGAGGGUGUACGCAGACGACGAGACUAAGCCGAGCAAGUGGUGGCUGAGCUUCACCAAGAGAAAGUUCAUGGGCAAGGCACUGUAG